AUGGCUCUGCUGGAACUAUUUUUGCUGGUUGCAGCAUUUGGUCUAUUCUUUUUGGUGAUUGUCAAACCAUCCCAAAAUGUAAAACCAACAACAACAACAAAAUCCACCAAAACUUCUUCUAAUAAAAAUACCAGUCAACAACAACAACCCUCAAAGAAAAGCUCAAAUCAUCAUACUAACAAUCUUAACAAAUCAACAACAAAAAACCCAUCAAAAAGACCCCCAGCAUUGGCAACCCAAGGACUUCCACUCCCAUCUCAAUCACAAAAACAAUACUACCAAUAUCAAAAUAAUAAUAACCAUCCACAAACAAACCCUUCAUCCUCCUCUUCUCCAUCUGCAAGAACCCUCUUCUCAAACGAUACUUCUGCUUCAACUCAACAAUCAUCUCUCCCUUCUUCAUCCAAACAACGAUCCUCUUACUCUUCUUCUUCUUCUUCAAAAAAGCGUAGGUCUCGAAAUAGUACUUGUACAACAAAUAAUGAUGCCCUGAUUAUUCCUAAAAAACCUGCAGCUCAUCAAUCACAUGCUCCUGCAGCUUCGGUUCCUGUUCAGGCUCCAACUCAGGUCCCAACUCAGGUCCCAACUCAGGUCCCAAUUCAGGCUCCAGUUCAGGUCCCUGCAUCUCGCAAAUCCACCUACAUGCCAUCAGGUCCUAACCAAAUCAACAAUAACAGCAACUACUACUACCCCCCAAGACCAAUGUCCACAAGUUACUACUACUACCCAUCCCCUCGGAUCCCAGUCCCGUCCCAAACUUAUCACCAACAACAGCAACAAAAACAAUAUCAACAAUAUCAACAAUAUCCUCCCCAUAAUGUCUUCCCAAACCCCCCACAGCUCCAACUCCAACAACAAACUCAACUUACUCAUAACCCACACUUGUCAGUCUCAAGAAACUUUAAACUUGCUCGCGACCUUUCAAGCGUACCUAGCGAUGACUCGGGUGACGAUGAUGACGAUGAUGAAGACCUCAGUAUUUCAGGUGAUCCCUUCCAACCAUUGGUAACAGCCCAACAAAAUCCUUCAUCUUCAGCUCCUACCUGGGAUCCCAGCGGUCAACGCCUUCCAGGCCUUUUUGUGCGGCGUGACAACAAUCCUCUUCAGCCCCAACCUACUACUAAUUUUAAUACUAAUACCGUACCUCCACCACAAACUACAAACCCUUACCCAACUAAACCCGAAUCUGUCCAACAAUACCUCUCCAGGCAUGCCAGAGACGCCGCGCAGGUCGCUUCGCCUCUAGACAACCUGCUGGCCCAACACUCCAAACACAUGCGCCCCCCCUCAGUCCCCAAAAUCAACCCUUCAAACGACUUCCCUACCCUCGCAGCCCACGGGCUCUACGUGCACGACGUCGAUGGCGAUGGGAACUGCCUUUUCCGCGCUCUAAGCGACCAAUACUACGGCGAUGGCGGUAAACAACAUGCUACUGUCCGUGCAACAGCCGUCAACUACAUGGCCACGCACCCAGACGAGUUUGUAUUUUUUGUGGUUGACGAAACUCUAGACCAGCGACUUAAACGUAUGGCCCAACUUGGAGUUUUUGGUGAUCAGGCUGAGAUUGUGGCCUUUGCUCGGGCCACCAACAGAAAUAUUACCAUCCACCAGCGCGACACGCCUCCGCUCUUGGUGCGGGCCAGCGAGGACGGUGACGAGUCUCGAGAAAGCAUGCACAUUGCAUAUCAUGCGUGGGAACACUAUUCAUCAGUCCGUAGAAUCGGAGGCCCAUACACUGGUGCACCAGAAAUCCGCGUGAGGUUCAAACUAGACUCGGGCAAUGACCAAGUGCUAACCACACAGCGUGCGCAACGCAAGAAGAAUCGAAUCGAUGACGCUGUACGUAUGAUUACAGAUUCGCUGCCGUAUAUUGCAUCAGAAGCCACUGUACGCCGGCGGUUAGCAGAGCACAAUAAUGAUGCCGAUGCGACUUUAGAAACCAUGUUGUGCGAAGAUCCUGAGGAGGAUGAAGAAGAAGAAAAAGAAGAAAAGGGGAAUCUGAAACAUCAGCAGCAAUUUGCAAUGCUCAAAGAUGAUGACCCCGCCAUAUUGCUUGAAAAACCAUUGCCUCCACUUCCUGAAGAGUAUCCAUCACAACCUCCACCACGGACGUCGUCUCUGGGGGGUAGUAGCAGCGGGCGGAGUAACGGUGGAGCAGCUGGGCAACCGAAGAAGUUAAGUGCACGUGAAAAAAAGGAACGACAAAAGGCAGCUCGCAAAGAACGGCGGAAGCUGGAUCAAAGUGGUGGUGGCAAUGUUGAGAUGAAGAGUAGCCGUGCUCUGGAUGAUGCUUCGAUCCGAGUGAUUGCUUUGUAA